GGUGGGAGGGAGGAUAGGGUGCGUUUAUAGAUAGCUUUAGGUGAUACGACAGGAGAGAGCAGCGUCAAAUGGAGUGCUUGGUGUUCGUGUAUGCGCACGCACGCAUCAAUUGAACAGAGGAGAUCAUGGAGCUGAGAGGAGAUUAACACAUUAGAGCAAAGGAAAGCAGAGCUAACGCCUCCUCUGAAUAGCACAGGAAGAGGAGACCUUCAGACAACAAGGACGAGAGGAGCUGUUUGCAGUAUGGGGGAGAGCUAUAUGUACCAACGACUCCCCUACACCAGAGGAGAAGGGGAGGGGGAGGAUGAAGAGGAGAGAAACAGAAGAGUCGAGGGACAAAUGAUGCAGUGUGAGGAGGGCACCGAGUGGCUGCUGGAGUUGCUGACUGAUGUGCAGCUGCAGCAGUACUUUCUGCGGAUUCGCGAUGAGCUGAACGUCACACGACUCUCCCACUUUGACUAUGUCAAGAAUGAAGAUCUGGAGAAGAUCGGCAUGGGACGCCCGGGUCAGAGGAGGCUUUGGGAAGCCGUCAAGAGAAGAAGAGCCCUCUACAAACGCAAGUCCUGGAUGAGCAAGGUGUUUCCAGUGAAAAGAUCAGACGCUGACCCCCAACCGCCCGUCUCCCAAGGUGCAUCAUCUGCUGCCCUUCCAGCCAGCAGCGAGCAGGGGGCUUCACUCACCUGCCUCAUCAGGGAGUCGGAGCUGCAGCUGUUUGAGCGGCUCGGCGACGGAACAUUCGGUGUGGUGCGGCGAGGAGAGUGGGCUGGACCAAACGGCGGAGUGCUGUCAGUAGCAGUGAAAUGUCUAAAGGCAGGCGUUCUGGARGCAGAAGGUCUGGAUGACUUCAUCAGAGAGGUUAAUGCCAUGCACACCCUGAGUCACCAGAACCUCAUCCGCCUGUAUGGGAUUGUUCUCACACAGCCUAUGAAGAUGGUGACUGAGCUGGCUCCUCUGGGCUCCCUGUUAGAUCGACUCAGAAAGCGUCAGGGUCACAUCCUCAUCUCACUUCUGUGCAACUACGGUGUACAGGUGGCCUGUGGAAUGGCUUACCUGGAGCAGAAACGCUUCCUCCACAGGGAUCUGGCCGCCCGCAAUGUUCUACUGUUUGCCAAUGAAACAGUGAAGAUUGGAGACUUUGGCCUGAUGAGGGCUCUGCCUACACACACCGACCAAUACAUCAUGGAGGAGGGCCACAAAAUCCCUUUCCCAUGGUGUGCUCCAGAGUCAUUGAAGUCUCGAACCUUCUCUCAUGCAUCUGACACCUGGAUGUUKGGAGUCACUCUGUGGGAAAUGUUCACUCACGGACAGGAGCCAUGGCUGGGUCUGAACGGGAGCCAGAUUCUCCACAAAGUGGAUGUUGAGGCUGAGAGGUUGUGUAAGCCUGAUGACUGUCCRCAAGAUACCUACAACGUCAUGCUGCAGUGCUGGAGCCCCAAACCUGAAGACAGGCCCACCUUCAUCGCUCUCAGAGACUUCCUGCUCGAGACCAUGCCUACAGACAUGAGAGCCCUGCAGGACUUUGAGGAGGAAGACAAGCUGCYGAUCAAUAUGAACGAUGUCAUCACUAUCAUUGAGGGAAGGGCAGAGCAUUAUUGGUGGCGAGGCCAGAACAGGCGGACGCUGCGUGUCGGUCAGUUUCCUCGUCAUGUUGUGACGUCAGUGGCCGGUCUGUCUGCCCAAGAUAUCAGCAGACCCCUGAAGCAUUCCUUUAUCCACACUGGACAUGGAGACACAGACCCUCACAGGAGCUGGGGACAUGCCGACCGAAUAGACAGCUUGUAUUUGGGGAACCCCAUGGAUCCUCCUGAUGUCCUGGGAUUUGACUCUGGUACUGCAAGGCCAACCAAACUACCCAACCGUGCAAAGAAGAAGCCCCCUCCUCGUCCACCUCAGCCAGCUGUCCUGCUCAAGAAGCCGUUAUAUGACUCAGUGAUGGAUGAUUACGAGGAUGACGAUGACGUCAGCAGUUCGUCUGGGCUUAAAAAACUGGGAGUGUCCCUGGGCCUGAAGCUCCGACCAUGGGAGGGGGCRGGUGUGCGCUCGGCUAAAAGCGAGGUGUCGCUUAUCGACUUCACAGAUGACAGCUUCAGCUCGACCACUCCCUCCCCGCUAACAGAGACACAUCAACCCGAUGAAGACACCCUGAAGGACACUCCAUCCAUCCUGGACUGGCCUCUCCCUCAGCCAGCCUACGACGAGGUCACUGCAGACGCUGAGGAGCAGUCAGAAGAUCAGGAGGUGCGCUCCAUCAAUCGGGGCUCAGAUGAAGAAGCCGUGGCUGCUGCGGUGAGCGGCAUGGCGGGCAGGAGUGAGUCUCAGUCAGCUGACCUCUUCCAGGAGCUGCAGAGAGAGGUGAUGGUCAAGCUUCAGGUUCCCAUGACAACAGGUUGCUCCCUCCCCUCCUCUCCGACUCCCAUGCCUCUUGUGCCCUUGGGCCCCCACCGGCAGAUCUGCCUGCCUCCUCCUUCCCCCUCGUCCACCUCCUCCUCCUCCUUCACCUCCUGCUUUGAGGACCUGCCUGUGCUGCCCCCCCGCAGCCCCGUGCCCCCCCUGCGCCCCUCCAAACACAGCUUGGCCUCCCGCUCGGCCCGCCAGCAGGCCCGCUCCAGCUCCAUUUCACUGGGCGACGAGGACGACGCGCCCCCUCAGAUCCCACCCAGAGACCACGCCUUUUCCCAGCCAGGCUCUCGCUCCUCCUCCCCGCUCCCCCUGGUGCCUCCUCUGUCCUCCACACCCGUCAUCCUGCCUCCCCCUCCCCCUCUGUCCGUGUCCUUACGCCGGUCUGCCGGACUCCUGGGACCCCUCCUUUCCUCCCCAUCAUCCUCUUCCUCCUCCCCACAUCAAGCAGCAUCMUAUUCCUCUCGGCUGGCAGCUCCGGGCUCGUCUUACUCCUCCACCUCCUUACUGGAUCCUUUGACCUUUCGGGAGGGGGCGGGCUUAUCCUCGCUGAUUGACAGCUCUCCAAGUUCUGCUCCAGUCCCCCUGCCAGAGAGACCAGCUUUCCUGGAGAGAUAUGGAGCAGCCAACAUGGCAGCAGUUAAACCCAUGAUGCAGCAGCAGCAGCCGGGCGGAGCCAAACCAAACACCUCCUACAACAACAACAACGGGCGAGUCACAGCUCCCAGCAUGCAACAGGAGCAGAGCAUCACACAGGUCCAAGGAGUGGUGCACGGUGUCACAACAGAGGAGUGUAAGUCUGCUCUGCAGAGUCACAACUGGAGCAUCCCUCAGGCUGUUAAUUACUUAAAGGUGGAGCAGCUGUUUCGCUUGGGGCUGCGUUCGCGAGCAGAGUGUGAGGAGCUACUGCAGAGCCACCAGUGGAACCUGGAGCAGGCCAGCUCGGUCAUGUUGGACACAUACGGACCACAUCUCAGCAGGAAGARGCACUGAAGGCCAAUCAGCCGAGUUCCUGAUCUUAUCUGGAUCGGCGGCACAAACCUUCCUGGACGACUCAUCACUCUGUGAACUCCAGAUGCGUUCUGAUGGGAAGGAGGUCGAUGGGAGGCAGUUUGAGCUCCUCGUACUGUGAAAAAAAACAAAACCUGCUACCACCCGUCACACGCAUGCUCAUUAUAAGCUAACUGAGCUGCGCUGUAGAUGUUUACUUGAACAGUCGCUAGUUACGCGUACGUUAUGUUUGAGUUGGUUGCGAGUGUGUGUGUGUGUGUGUGUGUGUGUGCAGGCUUGCAUGUGUAAAAGACUAUGCCUUCUAGUUGUUACUGCAGUGAUAUAAAACCUGAGGAGUUUCAGGUAAGGUAUGGUUGUACUGUUACAUAAAGUGUACAGAUAAUACUGUAUAUAAAUGCUUUAUUCUGUAUGAUGAAACGUGUGAACUGCUGGUCAGUGAAAGUGGUCUUUAUAUACUGAAUAAGUCUGUUAUUAUUUAUGUAUUAUUUUAAUUUUUUGUUUGCAAAUUCGAAAGUCUAACAUCCUACAUUAUGUCGGAUUUUACUAGCAUGUCUUUUUUUUGUUGUUUACUGACACAUUACAGCCACUCACUGAUUAAUACCUCAUAAAGUCCUUUUAAGGUCCACUAGAGGUAAAAUACUGGAAAGUUGUUCUAAACAGCAGAAAUGUGAAAUAAUGACUGAAGAAUUGUGUUUCUCAUGGAUAAAUACAGGGUAUUUUUUUUCUACAAAUGUCUUAUUUAAUGCAGCUUGUAGUAUUUGUUGUCAGGACAUUACUGUAUAAUUAUACAGAAGCUGAAAAGCUUUCUGUUGCAAGCGGCUUAUGUGUGCGUGCAGAUAUUGAUAUUUAAACUUCAAAUACUGCGUGUCCUCUUUUGUUUUUAGAACACUGUCAGUCACAAUAUGUCAGUUUUUUCCUCCAAAACAAACACACAAGGAACAUUUCAGAAUGACGCUGCGGUUAAUGUUGUGAGUAUCAUUCUUUACUCUCAACGCUCAGCUGUAACCUCUUGUGCUACUGUUUGUAUGAUGCUCACUGCAUUACAUUAUUUAAGGAAGCUUCAACAUACAAAGAUGACCCUGUUUUGUUUUCAAUAAAUGGGAAUUCUCAUGAAAAAAAAAUAAUUUGUUUUAGAUGUUUGAUUCAAAUAAAACAUUUUAGAAGAUUAUGGUCACGAUAUCAAUGUGAGAAGCAGUGAUUUUACAAUAUGGUUUAAAAAGUAAAUAAAGCAUAUGCAUUAUUAA